UUUGUGACAGCCUAUGCAUUUCAGUCAGCGUUCGUGACUCGGUUGGAAACCGACUGCCAGUUUUUCCACGUCAGUCCAUCCCGCGCGUAUUGUGUUUAUGUUGUAUAAAUCUCAGGUAACACUGACACCUUCCAAGCCAAGAGAUGUCGCACCAUUUGCUAAUAGUCACAAACAGGCAUUGAAUCAUGAUCGGCUUUCACGUGCGAACAUCAUCGACAGUGAAUUGUUCUAGGCCAGCAAGUGGACGAAAAUCGCUGGAUAAACAGGAAGGAAAAGGAAAUACUGUUUAACAAUAAUCAUCAUGUCAAUUUCCUUUCCCGUUUUCAAGUGCGCGCAGUGAAAACUGUGCGAAAAGCUAAAAUGAUUGUGACAUGAAUAACUCGGUCGUACGUGUUCUUGCUAAGUUGGAAGUUGAACCGAACUUCAAAUAGUAUAAUAUACAACGACUGCUGCGUGUCUGACAUUUGUUUUACAACAUUGAAAAGGAACAGCUUGUCAGCAUUGGAAAGGGAAGGUGAAUCACAUCACGCCUCAACUUCAACAAUAAAAAAUGGUUGGUUGUAAUAAACUCGUUUGCAACUUCGCCAUUUUCCUGGCCGGCAUGGUGACGCACAUUUCAGCUGGUUCAAAUUCCACAUCAUCCAUAGAAGCUGACAUAGCCGCUAACAAUCCAGUCUUCGAAGCAACCGGAACAUCUAAGCUACGUAUGUUGGCAGCUUCAUUAACGUCCAGCGGAGUCGCUGUAGAGCUGGAAGAGCUCCUCCCAGAAACCACUGAGAAUGGCACGACCAAUCACAUGACCGUCUUACAGGGUGACACAGCUCUGCUUCUCUGUAAGGCUUACAGCCUUGGCCAGCGAACGGUUUCGUGGAUUCGACGGAGAGAUUGGCACAUCAUGUCGUCCGGCAGCCAUGUCUACACGGCCGAUAAUCGCUUUAGCGUCCUCAACCGGCCCGGCUCGCCCGACUGGAUUCUCAUGCUCAAAUCGCCACAGCUCUACGAUUCCGGCACAUAUGAGUGCCAGAUUGCAGGUGGACAGGGACAAGUUUCGCAUUUUAUCGAACUUUUAGUUUGGGCGCCUGUAGCGUCCGUAGUCGAGGGUGGCGAACACCACGUCGAAGCUGAGAGUAACAUCCAGUUGCAUUGCAAACUUCACCCGGAAGCCAAGAAUCUUCACAAUAAUAACAGCAAUGGGAACGAUACAGACGCCAGCAGCGGCGUCGAAGAACAACAGAUCAAAUUUCCUCAGCUGACUUUACCCACGGUGGGAGGAGGCGGCCUACCGUUCGUUUGGUUCCAUAAUGGCCGGCCGUUGGUUCACGGCAGCAAAUCAUCCGCCGGGUUAGGACUGGUGUCUGUUUUCUUGGAAGGCGUAUCCGAAUCGGACGCUAGCAAAAGAGACUGGAUGGCGUGGACCAGCCGUCUGGUGAUCCAGCGUGCAGAUCCGGCUGAUUCCGGCAAUUAUACCUGCGUACCGUGGAGAGGGAAGGCCGCCUCUGUCAACGUCUUCGUCUCACAAGGUGAUCGACCGGCGGCGGUUCAAAGGCAGUCAGCGCUGAAAUCUUCCAUUCCACUGAAUGUGCUCAUCUUUGGAUUAAAUUUCCUCCUUCUUCAGAUCCCUCUUCAAGAUCGAUGAUCCAUUCUCCGUUGCUUUGUUCUCUUUUUGUUUCAAGGUUCCACAAGCUGUAAUCUUAACUGUUAAUCCUUAUUGCAUCGGUGCCCGUAUGUGUACAAAGGUUCUUCUUGAUGAAAAAAGCAGAAAAGAAAAGAAUUUAAAUCUUGGAAAUUUAUGGCAUUAAAUCCUAUCUCCCUUUUUAAUGUUUACCACGUUUCUUAUCCCCUCUAACGGUUUCCUCGAUCUUCUUUCAAAAAUACGUUUCGCGCGUCACUAAGUGCAAAUUCUAUCUCAAUGUUUGUAUGAGUUAACUGGACUUAAAUCCUAGAGAAAAAUAAAACAAAAAUAAAAUAUUCUUAUUACUAUGGAAUAAUUUAUGUAUCUCUUUUGUCUAACUUUUGAGAGCAAUGACAUUCAUUGAACUGAAUGGCGAAAAUAGUUGAAUACACAUACACACUAUCA